AUGGCUCCUCCAGUUUGGACUCUGGUGCUGCUGCUGGGGGCUGCCUGGGGCCAGGGCCACAUGCCUGCCCCCACCCGGAAAGAGAAGCCUCCAGACUGGAAGCCCCUCACUCGCAGCUCACGGGAAAACUCCAUUCUCACCCACUGUGAUUUUGAGGAUGACUCCAGACCCCUCUGUGAUUGGAGCCAAGCGACUAAAGACGAUGGAGAUUGGACUCGAGAAAGCCAGCCCUCCCCCGCCAGCGGCACUGGGCCCCCCGGGGGGUACCCCAGUGGAGAGGGCUACUACCUGCACAUGGACUCCAGCGCCUUCCACCCGGGUGGGGUGGCCCGCCUGCGAAGCCCCCCGAUAUGGGAGCAGGGCCCCCUCUGCGUGCGCUUCGCCUACUACAUGUUUGGGCUGUCGUGGGGUGCCCAACUCAAGCUGUGGCUGGUCUCAGACACCAAGGGCAAGCACCCCAACCUGCUGUGGAAACACGUGAACACGCAAAGCCCCUCCUGGAUCCCCACCGCUGUCACGGUGCCUCUGGGCCUCGUCCUGCCCAGCCGGCUGAUAUUUGAAGGCACGUGGGGCAGCACGACUUAUCUGGACAUCGCUCUGGACGCUAUCUCUAUCCGUCGGGGCUCAUGCAAUCGGGUCUGCAUGAUGCAGACGUGCAACUUUGACACUCUGAAAGAUCUCUGUGGCUGGAGCUGGAUCUCGACGCCCUCUGGGGCCAAGUGGGUCCAGAAGAAGGGGCCGACGGGGGUGCAGGACGUGGGGCCCGAGGGAGACUUCUCUAGCCCUGGGGAUGGCUAUUACAUGCUCCUGGACCCCAAGAAUGCAAAAGCGAGUCAGAAAUCUGUCCUCCUAAGCCCCCUGAUCCAGUCCUCCGGCUGCCUGAGUCUGUCCUUUCACUACGUCCUCCGUGGCCGGUCUCCCGGUGCAGGCUUCAUGGCCUACGCAUCUGUCUUGGGCAGCAUCCGGAAACACACCAUCUUCUCAGGACAACCUGGACCCAACUGGCAGCCUGUCUCUGUCAAUUACACAGGCCAGGGACAGAUUCAGUUCACCCUGGUGGGCGUGUUUGCAAAGAUCCCAGAGCCAGCGGUGGCCGUGGAUGCAAUCAGCAUUGCUCCCUGUGGGGAGAGCUUUCCUCAGUGUGACUUUGAAGACAAGGACCACCCCUUCUGUGACUGGGUCCAGGUAUUACAGGAUGGCGGACACUGGACCCAGGGAAGUGCAAAUACGCUCAUCCACGGUACAGGUCCCUUCGGAAUCUCCCUCAGUGGAGAAAGUCACUUCGUCUACCUUGAGGCUGACAAGUUCUCCCAGGAAGGCCAGUCUUACAAACUGGUGAGCCGGCCCUUCUGUGCCCCGGGUGCCAUCUGUGUGGCGUUCGCCUACCACAUGGAUGGCCGCGGAAAGGGCACGAAGCUCAGGCUUCAGCUGGGGAGCCCUGCGGGCAGCCCCCCAAGUUCUCUCUGGGAACGAGUUGGGUCUCAGGGCCCUGACUGGCUGAACGAGUCCACGACCAUCCCUUCGGGACAUCAACAGCCUAUGCAGCUGAUGUUUGAGGUUGAGAGGGGCUCCCACGCUGCCUUCGUCGUUGCUUUGGGUUUCAUCUUCAUCAGUCAGGGGACCUGUCGAGAAACAUCCACCACCUCCAGUGAAAUAUCCCCUGUCCCCACAGAAAAACCUGUGGCCGCCACAGAAAAACCAACUGUCCCCAGUGAAACACCUCCUGUCCCCACAGAAAAGCCUGUGGUUCCCGCAGAAAAGCCCACUGUUCCCACAGAAAGACCUACAGUUCCCACAGAAAAACCCACCAUCCUCCCUGAAGAACCCACCUUCCUUCCUGAAUGGCCCUUUGUCCCUCCUGAAGGGCCCACCAUCCCCACAGAAAAGCCCACUGUCCCCACUGAAAAGACCACCACUCCCACUAAGAAGACCACCAUUCCCACAGAAAAACCCACCAUCCUCACUGAAGAACCCACCUUCCUACCUGAAUGGCCCUUUUUCCCUAGUGAAUGGCCCCCUGUCCCUACAGAAAAACCCACAAUCCCUGCUGAAAAGACCACCAUCCCCACUGAAAAAACAACCAUCCCCACAGAAAAAACAAUGGUCCCCACAGAAAAGACCACCAUUCCCACAGAAAAAACAACCAUCUCCACAGAAAAAGUCACUGUCCCCACGGAAAAGACCACCAUUCCCACAGAAAAAACCACUGUCCCCACUGAAAAGACCACCAUUCCCACAGAGAAAACCACUGUCCCCACUGAAAAGACCACCUUUCCCACAGAAAAAACCACUGUCCCCACCAAAAAGACCACCAUUCCCACUGAAAAGACCGCCAUUCCCACUGAAAAAACAACCAUCUCCAUAGAAAAAACCACUGUCCCCACUGAAAAGACCACCACUCUCACCAAAAAGACCACCAUUCCCACUGAAAAAACAACCAUCUCCACAGGAAAAAACACUGUCCCCACUGAAAAGACCACCUUUCCCACAGAAAAAACCACUGUCCCCACCAAAAAGACCACCAUUCCCACCAAAAGGACCACCAUUCCCACAGAAAAAACCACUGUCCCCACCAAAAAGACCACCAUUCCCACCAAAAGGACCACCAUUCCCACAGAAAAAACCACUGUCCCCACCAAAUAUACCACCAUUCCCACUAAAAAGACCACCAUCCCCACAGGAAAACCCGCUGUCCCCACUGAAAGGCCCACAACUCCCAUGACACCCCAGCCCAGCCCAGCUCUUGUACCCACUCAGCCGACAGUCUUCACGAUGCCAAGUACCUCCAUGACCCCUGUGACCCCGGCCACCACUACAACCCCGAGACCUACUCCUGCCAUGUGCCCCCCGAAUGCCCACUACGAACGCUGUGCCUGCCCAGCGUCCUGCCAGAGCCCCAAGCCCACCUGUGGUCUCCUUUGCAAGCCUGGCUGUGUCUGCAAUUCAGGCUUUCUGUUCAACGACUCCCGCUGCAUUAAUGCCUCUUCCUGCAAUUGCUUCUACAAUGAAAAUUACUACAAGUCAGGGACGGAGUGGUUCAGCCCCAACUGCACAGAACAUUGCCGCUGCCAGCCUGGCAGUCAGAUAGAGUGCCAGCCCUACACGUGCGGGACACACACCGUGUGUCAACUGAAGCAUGGCCAGUACGGAUGCCACCCCUACGGCACUGCCACCUGCUUCGUCUAUGGAGACCCUCAUUACUUCACCUUCGACGGGAGGUACUUUAACUUCAUGGGCAAGUGCACCUACGUCUUGGCCCAACCCUGCGGCAACUCGACAGAGCCCUUCUUCAGGGUGACGGUGAAGAACGAGGAGCGAGGACAGGAGGGCGCGUCUUGCCUGAGCAAGGUCUCCGUGACCCUGUCGGAAACCACCAUCACCCUGCUCAAGGGCCGACACACGCUGGUUGGGGGUCAGCGAGUCACCCUCCCGGCCAUACCUUCUGAAGGCGUCUUCUUGACUCCAAGCGGGCGGUUUGUGCAGCUGCAGACGGCGUUCGGUCUGCGGGUGAGAUGGGACGGUGACCAGCAGCUGUAUGUGCGUGUGCCCAGCACCUUCUCCAGCAAACUCUGCGGUUUCUGUGGCAACUAUGAUGGCGACAGUAGCAACGACAACCAGAAGCCGGAUGGCAGACCAGCACAAGAUGAGAAGGAGCUGGGUAACAGCUGGCAGACCUCGGAGGAUGAGGACCAGGCGUGCCAGGAGAAUCAAGCGUCUCUCCCAUCUUGCAAUACUGACCUGAAGAACACACUGUCGGGGCCGGAGUACUGCGGACGGCUCGCGGUCGAUUACGGAGCCUUUCAGGCCUGCCUGCCUCACCUCAAGGUCUCUUCCUUCUACGACAACUGCAUGCUUGACAUGUGCAACUUCCAGGGGCUGCAGCAGAUACUGUGUGCCCACAUGUCGGCCUUGACUGAGACCUGCCAGGAGGCCGGCUAUGCGGUGAAGCCCUGGAGGGGACCCCAGUUCUGCCCGCUGGCCUGCCCACCCAACAGCAGAUACACCCUGUGUGCCAAGCUGUGCCCUGAUACCUGCCAUUCCACGUUCUCGGGCAUGGCCUGCCAGAACCGCUGCGUGGAGGGCUGCGAGUGCAACCAGGGCUUCGUCCUCAGCGGGCUCCAGUGCGUCCCCCAGUCCGAGUGUGGCUGCCUCGACCCCACGGCCGGCUACUUCAAGAUAGGGGAGCGGUGGUUCAAGCCAGGCUGCAGACGGCUCUGCAUCUGUGAGGGCACCAACAGAACUCGCUGCGUGCCAUGGCAGUGCCAGGCCCAGGAGACGUGUGGUCGGCAGGAGGGCACCUAUGGUUGCCACCCUCAAGGGUCGGCCACCUGCACUGUCUGGGGGGACCCCCACUACCUGACAUUCGAUGGAGCCCUGCAUCACUUCAUGGGCACCUGCACCUACAUCCUCACCCGGCCUUGCUUGUUGAAGUCCCUGGAGAAUUACUUCUUUGUGAGCGCCACCAACGAGUUCCGCGGUGGAAACUUGGAGGCCUCCUACGUCAAAGCCGUCCAAGUGCAGGCCUUCGGCAUCAGAGUCUGGAUGCUCAAAGGCCGCAAGGUCAUGCUGGACGGUCACCAGGUGGCUCUGCCCCUGUGGUUUGCACACGGCCGGAUGACCGUGAGGUCCAGUGGCUCCUUUAUCCUCCUCUACACGGACUUCGGGCUUCAAGUUCGCUACGACGGGUACCACCUGGUGGAAGUGACCGCUCCCUCCUCCUAUGCCGGCCGGCUCUGUGGGAUGUGUGGGAACUACAACAACAACAGCCUGGACGAUGAUCUGCAGCCUGAUAAGAGACCUGCUGUCAACUCCGCGCGCCUGGGGGCCUCCUGGAAGCUAAAUGAGUUAUCUGAAUCUGGCUGCUUUGCUGCAGACGCCAGGCCCCCCAGGUGCCUGGAAAAGAAUGCAACUGACCCCUGGAGUAAGAACUGUGAUAUCUUAGUGAAUCCUCAGGGACCCUUCUCCAAGUGCCACAGGGUGGUGGCCCCGCAGGCCAGCUUCGCCAGUUGUGUGUAUGGCCAGUGUGGGACCACGGGUGACGCCUUCACGCUGUGCCGCUCUCUGCAGGCCUACGCGUCCUUGUGCGCCCGCGCCGGCCAGGUCCUCACCUGGCGGAACAGCACCUUCUGCCCUCUGAAGUGCCCGUCAGGCAGCAGAUACAGCCCCUGCGCUGACCCCUGCCCGGCCACCUGUCUCAGUCUGAGCACCCCAUCGUACUGCCCUUCCUCGCUGCCCUGCGCCGAGGGCUGCGAGUGUCAGAGAGGCCACAUCCUGAGCGGGACCACCUGUGUGCCCCUCGGCGAGUGUGGCUGCACCAGCCCCGGGAGCGCCUACCACCCGGUCGGGGAGAGAUGGUACACGGACAACACGUGUUCCCGGCUCUGCACCUGCUCCAUCCACAACAACAUCUCCUGCCUCCAAACCGCCUGCAAGCCUGGCCAGAUGUGCUGGCCCCGCGAUGGGCUGAUGCGGUGCCGGGGGGCAGGGAUGGGAGUGUGCCGAAUCCAGGACAGGUCCCAGUACAUAAGCUUCGAUGGCAGUUACCAUGCUGUCAGGGGCGCCUGCACUUACGUCUUGGCGAAAACGUGCCACUCCACCAUGGACCUGCCUUUCUUCAAGAUCAGUGGCAAGAAUGGGAAGCAGCAAGACCAACCCCACACUUUCUACCUCCGCACGGUCUAUGUGCAUGUCUUUAACUCCCUGGUCACCCUGAAGAAGGACCACGCACUGAUCAAUGGCACAUGGGUCCCCCUGCCCGCGACCUCCCAGAUCCGGGGGGUCAAAGUCAUUUCCAGGGACGGCUACAUGGUGCUCACCAUCAGCAUUGGGGUGGAAGUCAAGUUUGAUGGCAAUGGUUUCCUAGAGAUCGAAAUCCCCAAAGCCUAUUAUGGAAAGACCUGUGGCAUGUGUGGGAACUUCAACGGUGAGGAAGAGGAUGAACUACUGAUGCCUAAUGACGAGCUAGCCCCAGAUGACGUCACGUAUGUGGACAGUUGGCAAGAUAAGGAGAUCGACCCAAAUUGCCGAGAUGAUGACAAGAUCAAAGAAGAAUCGGAGGAGGAGCCAGAAACAGCCUGCCAGCCAGCUGACCUAGAGAGAGCCCAGGAGCAAUGCCGGGCAGUCUUUCAGACUCCGGGCUGGGCAAGGUGUGCCAGCCGCGUGAUCCUCAGUCCCUUCUUGGUCAAAUGCACCGACAGCCUCUGUGAGUUUGGAGGCCUGAGCAGCGCCCUCUGCCAGUCUCUGCAAGCCUUCUCGGCCGCCUGCCAAGCCCGGGGCAUCAGGCCUCCCAUCUGGAGAAACAGCAGCUUCUGCCCUCUGGAAUGCCCCACCCACUACGUCUACACCAACUGCUUUCCCCACUGCCCCCCGACCUGUGACAACCCGGAAGGCCGGUGCAAGGGCUCCAGUGGUCCCUCCAUCUGCCAGGAGGGCUGCGUCUGUGAGCCCGGCUACGUGCAAAAGCAGCGGCGGUGUGUGCCCAGGAGUCAGUGUGGCUGCCGGGACGCCCGGGGCAGAGACCUCCCCGAGGGUAACGCCUGGUUCUCCAGCAGCUGCUCCCAGAGGUGUACCUGCAGGGCGGGAGCCAUUCAGUGCCGGCCCUUCGCCUGCCCCGCGGGCUCCCAGUGCAAGACGGACGAGGACGGCAAAGAAAUCUGCAAACCCCACAAGUCGGAGCGAUGCACAGUUUAUGGGGACCCCACUUACCGCACGUUUGAUGGCCUCGGCUACCGUUUCCAGGGCCGCAUGACCUACUAUCUGGUCAAGACCGUGGACGUGCUCCCCAAUGGGGUGGAGCCCUUCAUCGUGGAGGGACGCAACAAGAUGUAUGCGUCUCACACCCCUGUUUUCCUGCACGAAAUCAUCGUGAUGGUCUACGGCUACACGGUCCAGCUCCAGCACGAACUGGAGCUUAUCGUCAACGGUCAGAAGGUGACCGCCCCCUAUGAGCCCGUCGACCAGCUGCGGGUCUCCCUACGAAGUGAUCGCCUGUUCGUGAUCACAGACUUUGAACUGGUGGUCAGCUUCAACGGAAAGAACAACGCAGUGAUCUCCCUGCCUGUCACUUACCGGAAGCUCGUGCUGGGCCUGUGCGGCAACUGCGACCAGAACAAGAGGAAUGACUUCAUGCUGCCCAGUGGGGCUGUCACCCAGAACCUCCUUGCUUUUGGCAACAGUUGGGAGGUAAAGAUGACCGAGGGAAGCUUCCCCCGCGUCUCAAGGGCCGUACAUGAGGAGGAGGUGAAAGAAGAAGCGGCGCUAGGCUUUCGUGGUAUGUCGGGAUGCCACCCGGAGGAGCUGCAGCUCAUCAACCGCACCCAGGCGUGUGGGGUGCUGGUGGACCCCGAGGGGCCCUUUGCUGCCUGUCACCAGACUGUGGCCCCCGAGCCCUUCCUGGAGCACUGUGUGUCUGACCUGUGUGCCGCCCGCGACCCCAAGGAGCAGGAGGAGCUGCGUUGCCAGGUCCUCAGCGGGUACGCCAUCAUCUGCCAGGAGGCGGGCGCCACCCCGGCCAGCUGGCGGGACCACACCCACUGCGCCUUGUCAUGUCCAGCCAACACGGUCUACCAGAGCUGUAUGACCCCCUGCCCGGCCUCCUGUGCCACGCUGGCAGCCCCCCGGGGCUGCACGGGCCCCUGUGUGGAGGGCUGCGCCAGCCUCCCGGGCUACGUCUACAGCGGAGCCCAGAGCCUCCCCCUGGCCCGCUGCGGCUGCACGGACAACGGCAUCUACUACCAGCAGGGUGACGGCUUCGUGAACGACGACUGCUCCCAGCGCUGCACCUGUGCGCGCACGGGGCUCCUGCUAUGUGAGCCCCUCGGCUGCGGCCCUGGGGAGGUCUGCACCUUGGGGAACCUCACUCGUGGCUGCUUCCGAGACAGCCCGUGCCUACAGAACCCCUGUCAAAAUGACGGGCGGUGCCGGGAGCAGGGAACCCACUUCACCUGUGAGUGCGAACCUGGUUACGGGGGAGACCGCUGCACGGAGCCGCGGGAUGUACCUCCCCCCAAAGAGCCAGAAGCAUCCAACUUUGCCUCCAUCCUGUUGCCAUUGCUGGUGCCCAUGGUGGUUAUAGUGCCCGCGGCAGUGACCAGAGAAUGCAUUUCCAGGAAGAAAAGGAGGAGGUGA